CUUGUUUAGCCUUAUACGGGAACAGCUGACAAACACUGAAGGCAUACGCCGUGUGCGGAAGAAGGCACCUUGCACCGUUGCUGAAAUCGUUAUGCUUCAAAGGCAGGCUUUGGAGGAUGGACUCUUGAAGGAGCCAAUAUUCACUGGUAUGUCGGUGGAAUUAGUAUCUCUACACAAUGAGCCCUUUGAUCUGAGAGGAAUCACGAUAAUUGAGAAUGAUGACCGUCAUGCUUCUGUUGGAGCGGUGGAAGAUAAUGAAUGUUCUGCUCCUCAAACUCGCCCUGAUGGUUCUGAAGAGCAACCUGCUGAGGCUCUUACUCACCCAGAGGACCAACAAAACAUAGACCAACAGGAAGAAGAAGAAGUGAAAGACGAUAACGAGCUUGGUGAAACAGCAUGUGAGUUAGAAGUUCCAAAAGAAGGCGAUGGAGCUGCUGCUGAUGAAGUAAGUCUUGUAGUGAAUGACGAGAUCGGUCAAAUGCCAGCCGAGGACAAAGUCGAUCAUGUAGAGGGAAUAGAGGAUUUACAGGUGGAAGGAUACCAUGAUGGAGGUGUAGGCGGUGAAGAUGUUUGUGUUAUCGAAAUUACUGAAGGUGAUGUUGAUCACAACGCCAUUCUCAAUGAGACAGACUUGAAGGUUGAAGAUGAGCUUCCACAUGAUAAGAAGACGGAUGCAUCAGCUGAAGUCUGCGAGAUUGGUGUAGACAACCAGACUCAAUGUGAUAUCACAAUUGGCUAUAUUGAAAAUGGACACGUAGAAGCUGGUGAUUUGGCUUUGGAAAGUCUCAACGAACCAAUUGUGGAAGCAAAAUAUGAUGGGGUGAAUCCAGAGACAGAGCCUGAUAACAACUACGAACCGCAUAAUGAUGUGUUUAAUGAGGAGGCUACUAAUAUGCAAAGUGCACCAGAUGAAGAUCCUACUUCUCGCGAUGGUUUUAUGAGAGAUAACGACGAAAUGGAUACAAUGGAAGUGGCACAUGACACAGGAUUUUUGAAUGUGGAUGAUGAUGAAGAUCAUGAAGAAGACGAUGGUAUGCAAGAAGGUGAUGAAACUCGUCUUCUAGAGAACAGUGGUUGGUCUUCUCGUACCAGGGCUGUGGCGAAGUAUCUCCAGACAAUAUUUGAUAAAGAAGCUGAGAAUGGGAAGAGUGUUGUUGUAGCGGACAAACUUUUAGCUGGGAAAACCCGUAAAGAAGCAUCGAGAAUGUUUUUUGAAACCCUGGUUUUGAAAACAAGAGAUUAUAUCCAAGUUGAACAAGCUAAGCCAUAUGAAAGCAUCACCAUAAAACCGCGACCAAGACUCACCAAAUCCAUCUUCUAGACGGAGAGGAGUCUUAUAGUUGCAGAUAGGUAGAGUUUGGUCCAGCCAGAAAAUAUCAUCCUAAAUGAUUUUCAUUCUCUGAAGUUAUAUACAUUUUCCCUUUUACAAGGCAAUGUAGUAGCGAUAAUAGUGUCAGUGGUGUUGUAGCUAACCAUCCAAGUAGCUGGAGGUCAUUUAUUUUACCCUUAUAUAUAUAACUUGUAUGUAUGUAUAUAUUGGUGCCACCAUGAUCAUCACCAGUUUAUAUUUGAGAGAUGCUAAUUUUAUUUU